AAUGGCAACACUGCAAUCAGCUGUUCCUACAAUUGUUGUUAACAGCAACGAGGGGCCACAGGUUCACAUCGACAUUUAAAAUGCCACAACUUAAAAAAUCUGAGGAAGAAUUUGAUGUAGUCAAGUACUUUCUACAGCUGCUCGACGAUGAUAAAGACUUAUCUUCUGGCAUUGCGGCCAUCAAAACCCUGCUGAUGAUAUUGGAAAAGAAACAAUUUGGCACCAUACAUAUUUUGCAUACCACAAUGCGGGAAGCUGUAGCUGCCAUGAGGAACACGGAUCUUUCCAUUGCUGCCAUCGUAUCUGCAGGAGAACUAUUUUGUCGUUUUAUAACGCUUAGUUUGGACGACAAGCAUAUGGAAGAGUGUCGCCAAAUUAUGUUGAAUCGAGGCAAAAUCUUUCUUACCAAACUGCUCAAUUCGCGUCAGGUUAUUUCCCAGCAGGCACAACGUUUUAUCAGCGAUGGCUGUCGCAUCCUUACACAUUCGCGUUCCCGCGUUGUCCUCAAUGCACUGAUUGCGGCAUCGAAAAACAAGAAGUCAUUUCACGUAUUUGUCACCCAAGGCGGUGUCGGCAACUCUGGGGAGGAGAUGGUGCAGGAUCUACAGGCGGCAGGUAUUGAUUGUACGCUGAUAUUGGACUCUGCCACCGGCUAUGUUAUGGAAUCCGUAGACUUUGUUAUGGUGGGCGCUGAAGCAGUCGUGGAGAGCGGUGGCAUUAUCAAUCGCAUCGGCUCAUACACAAUGGGACUGUGUGCACGCGAGAUGAAGAAACCUUUCUAUGUGCUCUCCGAGAGCUUUAAAUUUUCUCGCUUGUAUCCGUUAAAUCAACGAGAUCUUCCAAACGAGUAUAAGUACUCGCGCAAGCAUUUAAAUGACGUGUCAAAGGUGCAUCCUCUGGUUGACUACACACCCCCUGCAUAUAUAACGCUACUCUUUACAGAUCUGGGGAUUCUGACGCCAUCGGCUGUAAGCGAUGAAUUGAUCAAAUUGUACAUGUAACCGACAAUAAAAAUGUUUGUCUUGAAUGAAAUA